UUGAUGCAUUUUAAUCUAGUGGGCUGAAUGAAAGGCCUCAAUGAAGCCUUAUUAUAUUAUACACAAAUGAUCCUGUGUUCGGUGUUUACCACCCAAUGUACCCAAAAUAGCAUGCAGCGGAAUACUAUGAGUUUUGUAAAACUGAAUGCAUUAUGCUGUGUUCCUUUAAAGAAAUCACAGUGUGUCAAGCAUUCCCAGGGAUUUUAUGCUCUCUGAACUAAAGGAUAUGUUUUUUUCAGAUAUUUAAAACGUACGCAUAUAAGGGAACCUCAAAGACUAGAAAGAACACACACAACAGAAAGCAUUACUGAAUGUGGAGAUACUAUCCCAGCUUGCAAUAUGAUGAGAUGGUCUACCUUAAUGUUACUUAUAGGAGAAAUUUCCUUCAUGUCGCUGCAUGUGUUUUGUAAGGAUGUCAUAAACUGUACUUUUCAAAAGGACCAAACUUCAUACCAUCGGAGAGCUAAAAGAGGUUGGUUAUGGAACCCAUUUUAUGUUUUGGAGGAACAGGAAAUUACUGAGCCCUUAUACAUUGGUCAGCUUAAAUCUGAUUUGGACAAGCAAGAUGGAUCUUUUAAGUACAUUUUAUUAGGAGAUGGAGCAAAAACUAUUUUCACUAUAGAUGAAAGAACAGGAAAAAUUUAUCUUCUAAAAAAACUUGACCGAGAAGAAAAAUCAUCAUAUACUCUAAGAGCUCAGGCUAUAAACACUGUGACUGGUGUUCCUGUUGAAGCAGAAUCUGAGUUUAUUGUCAAAGUUCAAGAUAUUAAUGACAACGAACCAAAGUUUAUCAAUGAACCUUAUUUUGCUACUGUUCCUGAAAUGUCCCCUGAGGGGACAUUUGUCACACAAGUGACAGCUACAGACAUGGAUGAUCCAAAUUAUGGAAACAGCGCUAGACUGGUAUACAGCAUUCUACAGGGUCAGCCACAUUUUUCCAUAGAACCAAAAUCAGGAAUUAUUAGAGUGGUUUCCCAGAUGGAUAGAGAAGCUAAAGACCUAUACUUUGUUGUGAUCCAAGCAAAAGACAUGGCUGGAAGUGUGGGUGGAUUGUCAACAACAACAACUGUAACAGUUAGCUUGUCUGAUGUAAAUGACAAUGCACCAAAGUUUCAGCAAAAAAUAUAUGAUAUGUCGAUUUUAGAAACAUCUUUAGUUGGAGAAAUUGUUGGCAUGGUUAUGGCCGAUGAUCGUGACAUUGGAAAGAAUGCAGAAAUGACAUAUAAAAUUGAAGAAAAGGGUGAUUUCAGCAUAUUUGAUAUAAUAACUGACAACUUAACUCAAGAAGGUAUAAUCAUAUUAAGGAAGACUCUUGAUUAUGAAAGUAAAAAGAGGUACAGCAUACGAGUGAAAGCUAUAAAUAAACAUAUUGAUGAAAGGUUUCUGAAACAUGGCUUAUUUGAAGAUACUACAACAGUUAAGAUCCAUGUUGAAGACAUUGAUGAGCCUGCAGUCUUUGGUCUCAAGGAAUAUUUUAUGGAAAUUCUUGAAAAUGCUCCAACUGGUUCAUAUGUUGGAUCUGUGACUGCAAAAGACCCUGAUAACAUCAACACUCCAGUCAGGUAUGGUCUUCAUCAAAGUAAGCAUGUUGGACUGUUUUAUAUCGAUUUGCACCUUGGAGCAAUCACCACAACUAAGCCUUUGGACAGAGAAGAGGCACUUUGGUAUAAUGUAACAGUUACAGCAACAGAGGCAACAAAUUCAGCUCAUGUAUCUGAAGUUCCAGUUUACAUUCGCAUUAUUGAUGUUAAUGACAAUGCUCCACAGUUGUCAGAGGAAUAUCGUAUUUAUGUCUGUGAACAGUCCAAACCAAGAGAGCCAAUACAGAUAAUAAGUGCAGUGGAUAGAGAUGAGGCAACAGCUGGACAACAGUUUUCCUUUACUUUGUUACCCGAAGCAUCAAACAAUACAAACUUCACUGUCAGAGAUAACAAAGAUAACACAGCUACCAUUUAUGCAUUAAGAGAUGAAUUUAAUCUGCAUGAAACCCCACAUUUUUAUUUUGAAAUUGUAAUAAAUGACAAUGGGAUCCCACCUCUCAGCAGCACAAACACUCUGACCAUCCAUGUUUGUGACUGUGGCGUGGAUGGCAAUACAGAAUUCUGUAAAGAUAAUGGAAUGUUCCUAUAUCUGGGACUUAACUUUGGAGCCUUAAUUGCAAUAGGAGUCUGUUCAUUUUUAAUUUUAGUGCUGGGUUUCAUUUUACUUGUGAAACUGAAGAAGAAGCAUACUACACUUUCAGAAAAAUCAGAAGAUUUUAGAGAAAAUAUUGUCAAGUAUGAUGACGAGGGAGGUGGAGAAGAAGACACUGAAGCAUUUGACAUAGGGCACCUUACAAACCAAGCCAUACUGAGAAAGCAGAAACCUAGAAACAGGAGAUUCAGAACAGAUAUCCAAAGUUUUUAUAGGAUGUCUUUAAAGCUUGGCCCCGAUAUUGCUGUAUUUAAAGAAUUCCUCUUGGAAAAAUUAGAGGAAGCUAAUGAAGACAUUGAAAGUCUUCCACUUGACUCUCUAAAGACGUAUGCAUUUGAAGGCACCGGCUCUUUAGCUGGAUCACUGAGUUCUAUAGAAUCAGCAUUCUCAGAUAUUGAUCCAAACAUUCAGAAUAUUUGUGACUGGAAACUGCAGAUUCAAAGUUUUCCUGAAACCCACAGGGAAGAUGAUGUUCUUAACCAAAUAUAAAGUACAUCUUUUUUUUUUUUUUCAAAUAUUUGUAACAUCUGCUUUUCAUGGAAUCCUGUGAAACGUAUCUUCUAAAAUGAAUAUUUUUCCAUGAAUUACUAUCAUGACAAAGUUAAUUAAUAAAAUUAGCUUAUAUGCAUAUCGAACAUUGUACCAAAGAUUUCAGAUGAAGCUUGUAUACAGUAAAAGGAAUUGUUCAGUGAUUUUGUACUGAAAUAUUUAUAUGUAAAAAUGCUUUAAUGUUAGCAAAACAGAAAAAUAUCAUAUUGGUGAGAUAUAAAUGCAAUUAUACCUGCUGUUUUCCUAUCCAAAAUAGCACUACACCUAAAUAGUAAAACAGGGUUUUCAGCAUAGUAUAAAAAAACAAUACCAUAUACUUUACAAAUGGGAUUUAAUAUACUAAGAGGUGAACAUAUUCUUUAUUUUUAUUUGAGCUUGUUUAUGCUGUAAAGCAGUUUUUGCACUUAUUUGUAGUUUUAGCAUAUGUUUAAGGAAGGCAAAUGUGAUAUAGCUAAAUGUAAUCUACACAAAAGAACAAUCAAAGAUACUUUGAUUGUGAUAUAAUGUAGUUCAGAUUCUUAAAAAAGUUACUUCAGUCUUAGCUAUAACAUUUUAGAAUGGUAAAAUAGUAUUAUUAAAAUCUUGCACUCCAAGAAAUUAUAUUAUAAUAAAUAUAAGCUGUAAAGGAAAUUGACACAUUCUUCAAAAAGCUUUUUGUGUCAUGAUUUCUUCUGAGAAAUUGUAAGCCGUGGACUCAUUAUAGAUAGCAAAACGAAUGGUGGUAUUUAGGGAUCUUAUGACCUCUCUAUAUGUUGAAAGCAGUGAUCAAAGUGACCAGCCCAACUCAGCAGUAAAGCAAGUUUAAUUAGAAAGGCAAAAAUAUACAUUAAUCAAAAUAAAAAUAUUUGUACUUUAUAUAGGUUCAUACCAUCCUUAUUGUGCCAGUGGGCAGAAACUAAGGAAAAAAUAAGGAAAGCGUCAUAAUUAGUGAUGAGCGAAUCUGUCCCUUUUCGUUUCAGCCAAAAAUUUGCGAAUCUUGCGAAACAUUUGAAAAACGUCGAAAAUGUUGUGUGUUAUAAAAAAUUGUUGCUCAUGCCAAUUAUUUUUUAUGUGUACAGCAAUUUAUUGACGUGGGCGACAGUCUUUUGAUGCGGGCGACAAUUUUUUGACACGCUGCAAAUUUUGCCGCCCGUUUCACAAUGACCAAUGACGAAACGUGGAAAUUAGCCGUGAAUCCAUGCCUGCCACAUUAUUUUGCCCAUUACUAGUCACUACUCUGCCCCAGCUCUCCCUGUAGUUCACAAUCAUUUACUAUGAUUUUGUACAUAUUUGUGAAAACUGACAAAUGAAUAAACCACAUAUUCAUAGUAAUUUCCCAAGUUAAUAAAUCAUAUAUGCUGCACAUUUUCAAAACCAAAUUACAUUUUCAAGUUAUUUGAAUGCUAAAGACUGACUUUCCACUGAUUCCUAAGAAAGCUCAACAUGUUUUAGCUGGGGUAAUUGUAACUUUUUAUUUGUCACUAUUGUUUUUAAAUAGAUUGGGCAAGUUGCAAAAAAUGGUGAAUUAUGACUUGCUGUGAUUUGCAGCAAAACAGGGUUUAAGUUUGACUGUGAUUAAUUACAGUAAAAUCAGCCCCUUAUUCAGUAAUUAACACCCAAGAUCAAAUUCAAAAUAGAUUUGGCUGUGAAUCAAAAAUUAAAAAAAUUAAAACUGUGUCUUUAUAUCAAACUACAAAAUGUCAAUAUUGGGGGGAGAUUUAUUUUAAAAAAUCAUGAAAAGUAAUAGUUACUCCAUAAGAUGUCAUAAAAGGCAAUGAAAAGUGUAUCUUUAGCAUUUAAGCAAAUUAACAAUUUAUACACUUCCUUGAAAAUAACAGGAAAAGUCAUUGUGUUUUUCAUUGUGGUCUUACAUGAUUGUGAAUUAAUCAUUUAUGAUUUUUCAUAAAUAUGUACAAAAUCACAAACAAAUAUAUGGUAAAUAUGUAAUGAAAAUCUGAAUAAGCAACCUGAAUAAACUAGUAUAAAGUAGUGCUAUAAAAUACUUUUGACUGUUAUUAAAAAAAACGGCAAACAGGAAACCUGUAAAACUCAUAUCUCUAUUACAGUACAUGUAUGGGACCUGUUAUCCAGAAUGAUAUGGAUCUGGGGUCUUCUGGAUAAUAAUUC